AUGGCCGUAAACUUGGACAUACAACUGAAGCGGUCGAACAAGGUGUAUCGCGAAGGCGACACGAUCGCCGGGGUGGUGGUCAUCGACACGCCGACGGACGUCAAACACGAAGGCGUCUUCAUGACCAUCGAGGGCACGGUCGACCUACAGAUCAGCACGCAGAACGUUGGCGCUUUCGACGCUUUCUACAAUUCUGUCAAGCCAGUCCAGUUGAUGAUGUGCUCGUUGGAAAUAGCCCGCGCCGGCCGCUUUCCGAGCGGUAUCACAGAAAUACCGUUCGAAGCGCCAGUCACGCCACUCCUGAACAAAGUGCUGUACGAGUCCUAUCACGGCGUGUUCAUUAAUGUCCAGUACCUGCUAAAGGCCGUCAUCAAGAGGAAUUUCUUGAACAAGGACAUUCACAAAACGCUAGAGUUUGUCGUCGAAAAUAAUCCAUGCUUAAAUAUGCUGUCAUCUAAAGUGGACAAAUUUGUGAUAAAUCAAAAUACUUUGGCAAAUGUAAAUGAUAGUUCCAACAUACCAAAGUUUCACAUUGUUGGUUCAAUCGAUUCGGUUAUCUGUUCAAUUAUGCAGCCAUUUACUGGAGAAAUGAAAAUUGAACAUUCUGAUAUCCCCAUUAAAUCAAUAGAUGUACAAUUGGUGCGCGUUGAGACCUGUGGUUGUGCCGAAGGUUUUUCAAAAGAUGCCACUGAAAUUCAAAACAUUCAAGUUGCUGAAGGAAAUGUACCAACGGGUAUCUCAAUUCCAAUUUACAUGAUAUUUCCAAGGUUAUUUUCUUGUUCCACCACGAAAACAACAAAUUUUAAAAUAGAGUUUGAAGUCAAUGUUUCUGUUAUUUUUGUAGACGAACACUUGGUGACUGAAAAUUUUCCAAUCACUCUCUUUAGAUGA